AUGUGGCAAGAGCCGACAACAUUCUGCAAGCACGGACAGUUUUGCCCCCCUGGAUCGAAUGCUCCUCAAGACUGCCCAGCGAAUCAUUUCUGCAAUACUGUUAAGCUUGGAGAGCCUUCGGGUCCAUGCAGAGGUGGUUUCAUUUGCAGUGCGAGGUGCACGACCCCCCGACCGACCGAAGAACAGAACGGCUCAGCAUGUGAAGAAAACAUGACCGGAAGGCCGUGUAGCAAAGGCCAUUACUGCCCUAGGCGUGAGCUGGAAGAGCUCUAUGACUGA